CCGAUCGUGUCUUCCUGAACCUGUCGUAAAACAGGUUUGCGCAUGCGUGGACCGAUCAAUAAUUCUGCAGACAUAUGCUUCUCGGACCGAUCGUGUAUUCCUGAACCUGUCGUGUCGUGACAGUACAACAAGUGCUACCUGGUACCUGGCCGUCAUGUCUGCUUACAUUCUGGGUUUGGAUUUGGGCACCACCUCGAUUAAAGCAGUUUUACUAGAAAAACAGACUAGGGCGGUUGCUGCAAGUCAGAGUUUACCAUCUGCUUCUGAUAUCGCAGAUUUCAGCGGCAUAAAAGCCAAGGAGCAGGACACUAGACGGAUUGUGGACACUCUCAACCGCUGCAUUGCACUUCUGCCGAGAGACAAGCUGCAGAAUGUGGCCAAGAUUGGGGUAUCAGGACAAAUGCACGGGGUUUUAUUUUGGAAAGCUAAGAGCGGUUGUGAUUGGUCCAAUGGCAACUUCUUCACGGCCGGUCACAUCAGUCAGCUGAUCACCUGGCAAGAUGGCCGAUGCAACAACACUUUCCUGUCUUCCCUUCCAAAACCGGACUCGCAUCUCAGCGUAUCCACAGGAUUUGGUUGUGCGACAAUCUUUUGGUUCAUGAAACACAGGCCCGAGUUCCUAAAGGACUUCACAGUUUCAGGUACUAUCCAAGACUAUGUGGUAGCCAUGUUGUGUGGCUUGGACAGAUGUGUCAUGACGCCUCAGAAUGCAGCCAGCUGGGGUUUCUACAACACAUCUACCAGCAUGUGGAAUGUGGAUAUUCUGAAUGCCACCGGCUUCCCUUUGCACCUGCUACCUCAGUGUGUCCCUUCUGGUAAGCUGGUGGGUCACACAUGUCAUGACUGGCAUGGCAUCCCUGCUGGUACGCCAGUAGGGGGCGCUCUUGGAGACUUACAGUGCGCUGUCUACUCCUGCCUGAGUGAAAAUACUGAUGCAGUUCUUAACAUAAGCACCUCAGCACAGUUGACAUUCGCUAUGCCAGCUGACUUCAAACCUCCCGACUUUCCUCAGCCGCACUCCUCCACCACAUUCUUCCCGUAUUUUGGCUGCUCGUACUUGGUGGUGGCCGCGUCACUCAAUGGAGGCAACGUGCUGGCCACGUUUGUGCAGAUGCUCACUGGCUGGAUGAAAGAGCUUGGCGUGGAGCUGAGUGAUCAGUCUCUCUAUGAGAAGAUGAUUCAAUGUGCGCUGAACCAAGAAAGCAGCGAACUCCAAGUGAUUCCGACCAUCCUGGGAGAAAGACACGCCGCUUUCUCUCUGGGUCAGAUGAACAACAUCUCUCCAUCCAACCUUUCUCUGGGUCACGUGACGAGAGCGGUAUGCCGCGGUAUCGUGGAUAACCUCUGCGCCAUGAUGCCUGCGGAGCAUCUGCAACAGGCGGGGAUCAGCAGGAUUGUGGGAAGCGGGAGCGCCAUCGCUCGUAAUGAGGUUCUCAGACAGGAAGUGGAGAGAGCGUUCACUCAGUCUGUGAUAUACAGACAAAAUGCUGACUCUGCUGUGGGUGUGGCUUUGGUCUUCUGUGACUGACUUGGAUCCACUGAGGAUGCUUGUGUCUGAGUGACAUCUUUCUUGUCAAGCUGGGAAACUAGUGGUUUUGUUUAAUCGAAGGGUUAAAUGGGCUAACGCAGUGGUCUUUUUUUUAAUCUAUGGCACAUUCUAGAAAAAAAUUCAAUACGGACCACAUAAUAUUUGUAUGGCAUAUAUUGCAAUACUUUUUCCAAUGAUAAAAUAUAGAUUUAAAUAUCGAUUUUAUUUUUCUUUAGUAGUGUUCCGGGCCAAUUGUAACUCACACCCUUGCGUAUCUCUGCGCCGCAAAGUGUCUAUGCACUGCUACCUGACUGUGCAGGGUAAGUGAUGAGCAAGGCAGUACCAUAAGCUGACAGCAGGCCUGGAAUUUUGUCAUUUUAGGGGCAAGGCCACUUGGCUUUUGGUGUCAUCAACCUUUUGAGGGCCAUCCAUUUCUUCCGCUUAUCCGAGGUCGGGUCGCGGGGGAAGCAGCCUAAGCAGAGAAGCCCAGACUUCCCUCUCCCCAGCCACUUCGUCCAGCUCCUUCCGGGGGAUCCCGAGGCAUUCCCAGACCAGUCGGGAGACAUAGUCUUCCCAACGUGUCCUGGGUCUUCCCCGUGGCCUCAUACCGGUCGGACGUGCCAUAAACACCUCCCCAGGGAGGCGUCCGGGUAGUAUCCUGACCAGAUUCCCAAACCACCUCAUCUGGAUUCUCUCGAUAUGGAGGAGCAGUGGCUUUACUUUAAGCUCCUCCCGGAUGACAGAGCUUCUCACCCUAUCUCUAAGGGAGAGCCCCGCCACCCGACAAAAUAAACUAAUUUCAGUGCUUGUACCCGUGAUCUUGUCCUUUCGGUCAUAACCCAAAGCUCAUGACAAUAGGUGAGGAUGGGAACAUAGAUCGACCGGUAAACUGAGAGCUUUGCUUUCUGGCUCAGCUCCUUCUUUACCACAACGGAUCGAUACAGUGUCCGCAUUACUGCAGACGCUGCACCGAUCCGCUUGUCGAUCUCACGAUUAAUUCUUCCCUCACUCGUGAACAAGACUCCGAGGUACUUGAACUCCUCCACUUGGGGCAAGAUCUGUUUCCCAACCCGGAGAUGGCACUCCACCCUUCUCCGGGUAAGGACCAUGGACUCGGACUUGGAGGUGUUGAUUCUCUUCCCAGUCGCUUCACACUCUGCUGCGAACCAAUCCAGUGAGAGCUGAAGAUCUUGACCAGAUGAAGCCAUCAGGACCACAUCAUCUGCAAAAAGCAGAGACCUAAUCCUACAGCCACCAAACCGGAUCCCCUCAAC